AUGGCUGCCAAUUGCAUUUCCCUGAAGGAUUCGAAGGCCUGUCCCGCCUUCUCCAAUGCGGCUGUCUCAAUGAGCCCGGAAAACAUUGCCAAAUUUUCUUUUCUCUCGUUCGUUUCCAAUACCCAAGAGUUCGAUGAGCGCCUGUACUCAUAUGCGAACAGCGAAUAUGUGAAGAUGAACAAUACCUCUUCACUCUAUGCCAGAUAUACACUCAGCGUAAUUUGUAAUGGAAUUGUUCAAAGUUCAGCAGCAUGUGGAAGCUCACCUCCUCUAUGUGCAGAGUCUUGUGCACAAUACGCUACCAGUGAACAACUAAUUGCUGUCAAUCCCGAGCUUUGCGGCACUCCGAGAAAUGAUUAUAUGAAUGAGAUCAGAGCUGAUUUUACAGUUUGUUCGAACCCGAAGGAUGCGCUCACUGAUACUUGCAUCGCUGGUGACCAAAAUGAGCCAACUGAGUGCGGUUUUGCCCAAAACCUGUUAGGCCUCUGUAGCUUUUGCCAAGGAAGCACAGCCAACUCGACAGACUCUUGCUGCAUCGGCGCAGAUGUCACAGAUCGGUGCAAAGGACUCACUCUUCCGUCUGUCGGGCCGCUUCCUCCUCUUUUUCCUUCUCCGACAUCUUCACCACAUCCGUCGGAUGCAGCAGUUGCAUCAAACAGUGCACUUUCUAGUGGUCAAAUUGCCGGAGUUGUUGUGGGGUCUGUUGUCGGACUAGCUAUGUUCGCUGCAAUUGGAGCUCUCCUCUUUAUAUGUUUGAGACGGAGGCGCGAGCAGACAAAGGCGCCGUCGCUAAACCAGCCGUCACCACAGCGAAAUAAUAAGACACCAAUGCAAUAUGUCCCUGGGAGUCGGAAUGGUGCAUAUGAGGUCCUCCCAGGCAGCCGUGUAGCCAGAAUGUCAGCUUUGCAGGCAAGCAGCCAUGACGAAUCUCCACCCCGUGCUGCUGGCGGAAUCGCAGCAGUAUCUCCGGGUCAAACCAAAUAUCACGAUUCUUCCGAUUCCGACGCAUUCGGGGAGAGUCCAGCACGGUCUAAGCGUGGACCACCCGUUACGGGCAAGAGAAAUGGGUCUCUUUCAAGUGCUUCUGUGUUGGCAGGGAACAGUGACACAGCCUCACCAAGGUCUGGGAGUGGUGGCCAUUAUUCCUCACCCGAAGGGAUGGCUAGUGGCCAAUCUGAGCAGCUUCCCUACUUCAGAGACUACUACUCGCAGGAUGAUAUCCACCCAAAUGAUAAGGUUGCUGUUCUAUGGGCAUAUCAGCCUCGUGCAGGUGAUGAAUUUGAGCUGGACAGGGGCGACAUGCUGAAGGUAGUGGGAAUAUGGGAUGAUGGAUGGGCAACUGGGGUUAGACUAAACGAAAGGGCCGAGGAUUACGAAAUAAACCGCAACCCACAGCGUGAUAGCGGUGUUUCUAACGGCUCAGCCAGAAGAGGAUCGUCUCCUCCACCGUCAGGCGAAAUCAAAGCAUUCCCGAUUGUGUGUGUUUGCCUACCUGAGCAUUGGAGGAAAACUAUCGAUGGCGAUGUCUCAGCCGAGACUCACGACGAUUCUUAA